GGGCGGCGCGAAGCCGACGCGGCGCGGCUGCCCAGCGGGCGCGAGUCUCCGCAACUGCUCAGGAGGGUCUCGAGCCCGCGGCUCCCGCGUCGCACACCCCCCCCCACCCCGCGCCCGUCCCGCGUCCUCUCUCGCAGGCGGCUGUGAGGCCCCGGAGGCAGCUAGCGGACGGCGGGAUCCAUGGAGAGCGGCGGACGCCCCGGCAGAGGCGGCGCUUCCUCGUCGGCGGCCGGGCUCCAGUGACCGGCGCGCCCGCUCGGCCCCGCGCCCCACUCGCCCUCGCCCGCCCGGUCCCCGGCGGGGUGGCGGCGGCAGCCGGAGCCCGGGUCCAUGAUGAAGUUCAAGCCCAACCAGACGCGGACCUACGACCGCGAGGGCUUCAAGAAGCGGGCGGCCUGCCUGUGCUUCCGGAGCGAGCAGGAGGACGAGGUUCUGCUGGUGAGCAGCAGCCGGUACCCAGACCAGUGGAUCGUCCCGGGAGGAGGCAUGGAGCCCGAGGAGGAGCCUGGCGGGGCUGCCGUGAGGGAGGUUUAUGAAGAGGCUGGAGUCAAAGGAAAAUUGGGCAGACUGCUGGGCAUAUUUGAGCAGAACCAAGACCGAAAGCACAGAACAUAUGUUUAUGUUCUUACUGUCACGGAAAUAUUGGAAGACUGGGAAGAUUCUGUCAAUAUAGGGAGAAAGAGAGAGUGGUUCAAAGUCGAAGAUGCCAUCAAAGUUCUCCAGUGUCAUAAGCCUGUCCACGCAGAGUAUCUGGAAAAACUAAAGCUAGGCUGUUCUCCGACCAACGGAAAUCCCGCAGUUCCUUCUCUUCCAGAUAACAACGCCUUGUUCGUAACUGCCGCACAGACGUCUGGGCUGCCGUCUAGUGUAAGAUAGAGCACAGGGGGGGCACCGCUCCCGCCGCCUGCAGCCUCGUGAGGACAGGCUUCUUCUCAGCAGACAUCUGAAUGACCCUUGCAAACUGUCUGAAUUUGCCAUACGGGAUUUCAAGCAAUUUGCACGUUUUCAGAUGCCUUGCAAUUUUUUUUUAAUAGUGUAAAAUAUUUUAAUAAGCCAAAGCCACGUGGAAUUUCCUUUUGGAUGCCUUACCUGUCCCCCGUUUUUGGUUUUUUUUUCCCUAUCACAUCAGUCUGGCUUUUCUCAGAUCAGUUGACUUGUAGAUUUCUUCCCCCCUAAAUCGUUUCCUCAUUCACAGCAUUAACACAUUUGACAAGUCCUUCUGUUGUGGCAAUUUAUAAGAAUUAUUCCUGAUAAUUAAACCUAUCCGCACAAAA